AUGACAGACACUAAGACGCAAAACGCCAUUUCUCUAAAAGGAUCAGCCCAGCUUGUGAAGGAGUUUUUUCGUUAGUUUUACAUGUAUUGAAAGACAUUAAUUUUCAACGUUUUUUUUUUCUUGUAUAGUAUACCUCUUUUGGGUUUUCGGAUGAAUUGUUAAGAGGUCUUUUUUCAGACUUUGGGAUCAAUAGUAUUUUAUAUCAACGUGCAUUAUAUCCGAGCGAUACUUUCCGUCGAGAGAAAAAGUAUGGUCUGACGCUUCUCGUGACCCAAGAUGCCAAACUGAUCGCCUUUCUCGAGCCCCUGCUGCAGCAAGUGGAAUGUUCGUCAAUGAAAUCUUGGAAACCAAUUGAACUUCUUUCUAUUCAGAUUGGUUGUCCAAAAAGCAGCUGAAGAGAUUGGUGAUGGUGAUUUCCGAGGUCCGAUCCAAAGAAGUCGUCGAAAGAUGGCAGUUCGACAUUCAUACAGAAGAUGUCGACGAGCAAGGGUUAGUUUCAAAGAUUUCUCCGUGACCUUGUGAAAAGUUUUGUUCAACCACUUCAUUUUUUUACUCUACAGAUUGCGGAAACAAGUCUCAAAAGCUUAAAGUUCCAAUAUAGUACUGCUCGAAAUCUCUAAAGCUGGUCAGACCAGGUUUUGAAUCAUUAGUUCACUUGUUAUGUAUCCUCUGUUGGAUAUUUUUAACCUGCCUUAAUUUUUGAAAAUCAUGAGCCAAUCAGGGGUUCGCUUAGAUUUAUAGAACGGUAAUGGAUUCCCUUUGUGUCAAACCUUUCGAGAUUUUGCGACGUUUUGGCCCGUUGCGCAAGAAAUCCAACAGCGGCACAAGCACUCGAAUUAAUCCCCAAUCCAACACGCUGGCGCUACUUGACUCGCCAACCGGCGCUAUCUGUGCCUCUUUUUUGGCCAGCAAAUUGUCCAAUGACCCAGGCGACCAUUUGUUUUUUCAACGGAUUUCCACUGUUUGCAAACCAUGUGUCCGAGGCGCGAAACGCAUACUAACAGCCACUGAAAUGCGAUAUCUUCACUAAUUUAGCUAACGUUCAGAGAAAACGCGACGAGGCAAAAGGACGAGAAGAAAAUCCGACAGGAGAUCAGCGACGUGUUACGGUGAGGGUCUAUCUUCAUUUCGGAGUCUUUGGGGGAUGGAUUGGUUGGGAGGAUAUAUCCUGUAACUGUAUUUUGUUAAUCAUCUUAGUUCUGAACAAUGAGGAUUUUGACGUUGUCAUAAUAACGCAACGGUAGGAAAUACGCCAAAAAUGGUCUGUCCAUAUCUAGGCCGAUUUGGUUAGCGUCUUUCUUUGAAGACUCGCCUAAUUUAGUUACACGCAAAGCUUUUGGGGUCUUGAGUGGCCGAUGACCCGCUAUCCGACCGAAAAAGUGAACGGCUACUGUAACCGCGCCUGGCUAAUUACUGCCAAAUAAGGGACCGUGGCUCGCAGCAUUUAUUCGGGAUCAUCAUUCAAUUGGAUGACCGGAUGGCCCUACCUAAACGGAAUUAACUUUUCUUCGGAGACAGCAGUUAUAUGUGCUCUUUUGUUCCUCUCAUUGAGAUAUAGACGCGGAGAUGUCAGAAAAGAGACUGCCAGAAACUUAGUAUCGUGUAAGGACAGAAUCGGAAAGCUUUUGAAGGAGAUUCUUUCAAUAAACGAGAAGAUAAGUAGUAGCAGUAGUAGAAAUUUUAGCUUAAUAAAAAAAAUAAGCUCAGAUUUGUUCAUCUGAAACAUUUCGUGUUGAACUGCAAAGCGAUUUUAUAAACUCUUUAUAAUUGAACUAAAUGAUUGAAGAUAAGGUUUUCGCAAAUUGCUGUGCUUUCCGGAAAGUAUUAUUGUUUUAUAAAAAUGGUCAAACGCUCAUAAUAAAAAAAAAAAUCUUGAGAUCAGAUUGACAGACUCAAAAAUCAGUCAGCUUAGCUAUGAACUCCCAUCUGAAAGCCCAGUAGAAGUUCGCGAAUUCAGACAAAUCACGGCCUCGGUUUCCUUCUUGCCGCUGCUCGAGGAGCCUGUCUCAUUCGAUGUGCUCAUCUACACGGCCAAGAACACGGAAGCUCCUGAAAACUGGACCGAAAGCGGCGCUUGCCUCAUCCAGAACUCGGAACAGGUCCAACUCCGAUCUUUCUCCACUGCUGUGCACUCGGUCAACACAAAUGUCCAGUACAAGGCUGAUUAA